AUGUCGGCUGUGGCCUGCCUCGUGGAAGGCAUCAAGACUCGGGCCAAUGGCACCCACCAUCCCUCGGGUUUCCUCUGUUUCUCGCAGGAGUUUUCCGGGUACAGUCCGCUCUAUGAGAAGACAAUGCGCCACAUUGACGUGCUACCACUGCGCCCCAUCCCCAUCGGAACCAUGUCUCCAGCAGAUUUUUACUUUGCUGGGGGCAUGCACAUGGGCCGCAAGCGUGCAGGAGCUACCUUUUUCAAGAGGUUCCUGGAAGGGCACGCUCGGGAGAUGACAAUCGUCGUCGUGCAGCCGGAUGACAUGCCAGCCAGUGUCAUCGUUGUGCCCGGGACUCGAGACGGAGUUGGGUCCCGCGACAUGUUCAGAUUUUUUGUGCGCACAGUAGAAAGCUUGCUCGGCGAGUUGGGCAUGACAGUUUAUCCACAUGAUGAGAACGCGUCUCCUCACAGCGGAAGAUGGCUCAAGCAGGUGACGGUACCAUAUGCAAGUGGGCAGUGGAUCCAUUCGUGGCAACAUGUCAAUGGGCAAGAACAGCGUUUCCAUCUUAAAGAGGAGACAUCGUGCAGGGUGGAGCGCCAGAACCAGGUUGAGAGGAUGCUCACGUUCAAUAUCGGCACUGCAUUGCUCAUGGCCAUGGAUCUUGACUUUGCUCCUGUUAGGACCAAUUUCCACAUGCGUGUUGUUGGGCAACAGUUCAACGGUCCGAGCGAUGACGAGAUCCGGGUGGACUAUGCGCAUUACUUCAGCCUCUACCCCUGUGUCGGGGAUGACCUCUGA